GUUUUUUGUUUUUACGCAGUAUUGGUAUUUGUUUUUUUUUUGUUGGGGGGUUUGCAUAUUAUUUUUGUUGAUUCUCCCAUGGGGAUAUACAUUACGUUCCUUAUCGGAUGGAUAACAUUGUGGAGUGUCCGUGCACAGCAGAAUUUGUCUGUGGAGGUUCCGUUUCGAUGGGGACAUGUCGGUAUUGGGGUUCAAGGGCGGGUUAUGGUCGUUGGGGGUGUCGAGACGGUUGUUGAAGAUGUGAAUGAAGUCUUUCCAGUAUCGACGGUUCCAACCCUGUUUUACACUCCGAGUACGAGUACGUUGACGGUACUAUCCACAUCGGGGACCUUUCCACCAUCCAUAGGGCACGCAUGUACAUUUAUCGAAACGGAUGGCGGGGUGUACUGUAUGGGCGGGUAUGAAGGGACAGCACCAGCAUUGGCACCACGGAGUCGACGAGGCGUCUGGAGGUUCAGUUUACAAAAAGGGGAUUGGAGUGUUGUUGCUGUUAAUGGAUUUUUCAAUACGUUUGGAGGUGUGGAAGAUGAUACGGGUGUAGCGGAUGGACAAGUAGUGUUUAUCAACAGGUCAUUGGUAUUAGUGGGUGGACGAGGGUCCUGUUGGAGUUGUGGGGCAGUUGGAACAGGGGAAACGGCCGUACAAGGUACGAUAUCCCUAUUAGAUGGGACACAAGUCCGAGUUGUGCAUGAACCUGCUGGCGGGUUAUAUGGACAUUGUACGGUCCAAGUCAACAACAAUGUUUAUACAUUGUUUGGAAAUACGACAACGAACGGAGGGAAUAAUCAGACGUGGGUGUUAGGUCUCGGAACGACACCACCGGUGAUUUCUUCACUGUUGUUGCUUCCAAUAGGGUUUUCACCUCCGGUACGCUUAUUCCCGACAUGCACCGUGAACGGGAACACUAUUAUCGUAACAGGAGGCAUAUCACCUAAUGGAACGUACCUAACCGAUACAUGGGUCCUCAACCUCUCGACACUUGUCUGGACAUCCAUGCCCGUAACGGGUCUCAUCCCACCCCCACGCAUCCGUCCAGCCCUUUUUCAACUCGGGAAUGGUGUCAUUGGUUUACAAGGGGGAUUACGACGGGAUCGAGUAGUCGAUACAGGACUCUACGCAUUGGAUACAAGGACAAGACGAUGGGAACAAGUUGUGAUUAGUCGUCUCGAGACACCCUUACCCACUCCUCCUAUACGUGAACCAGAGGGGACGAGUAAAUGGUUAACGAUUGGGUUACCCAUUGUGGUAGCCAUCACAGCCAUAAGCGUGUUGAUCCUCGCGAUCGGAUUAUGGAGAUUCUGGAUCCGAUAUCGAAAUGAUCAUACAAUUGAACCUCGUCAAGAUGAUCAUACAAGUAAACCUCCACCGUCUCCAUCAAGAGACUCGGUAAUAACCGUCCAACCCACCAUCCCCCCUUUUCCCGAUCGACAUCUAUCACCUGUACCACAACCUUUAUACACACUCCCAAAUGACCCCCUCCAAUCCCUCCCCCAACCACGGCAUCCAAUCAAUUUGACAAAACCCUAUACAGCCGCCCACGAACACACACCAACGCGUCCAGACGAAACACUCGUAACACCAUCAGAUACACUUACCAUCCGAAAAGUAUAUAAAGAUGGAUGGUGUGUUGGGAUGAAUGUGACGACGAGGACGGGGGGGUACUUUCCAGUAGGUGUUGUAAACAGUCGGGAAUGGGAAACCUCUUCCAUGCAUUCUCGACAAAGUGAUGAAACCAGUAAUUCGACGUCAACGUUAUGUUCACCCCCAGAUGGUGUACUAAAAGUUUUGGAAGAGUUGGAUUGGGCACUGGAAACUGGGGUACUGGAUUUGGAAACGUAUUUUGGGAGGAGAAAACGGGUUUUUUUUUCUAUUGGGUGGGGAUGAUUUUAUCAACAUUUUAUUUUUGCAUGAUAUUUUUUCUGUUUCUUUUUUUUUUUGUAUGUUUUGUUUAUUAUGGCGAUUAGAUCAAGAUGGGUGUAGCAAUACGUUCAUGUUCAUGUAAUUUUUAAUGUAUUUUGUAAAUACACAAUGUAAAGGGCCU